AAUUCAGCUUACAAAAAUAAACUGAGGAAGCUCUAUUUCCUGGAAAAUUUGUUAGAUGCAGAAAUUCAAGAAAAAAUCUAUGAGGUUAAAAAGAAAGAAAAAACUGCCAUGCUUAUGCAGUCUGGCCUUUUAGGUCCCAAACUUAAACGCCAAAUCUUUCCCAAAAAAGUGGCAACUGCUGAAUCACAGGAAAAUAGCCUGACAGAGAGUGAGAGUGGAGACAGGGGACUGAAGAAAGUGACGCUAUUCCUCAAAGGGCCCAAGCGCCUACGGAGAAAGCUCUUACAGGUGGCAAGAAUCAAGAGGAAACAGGGUACCUGGCCGACAGCGAAGAAAGUGGCCGAAGAAAGAACGCUUGGGAAACCAAUCCCGAGUGAAAUGACACAGUUUGACGUGGUGCAGAGGCCUCGGAAGUUUGUGGGAAGCUCCUUCCACACCGAGCCUUCCUUCACGCAGACGCACAAGGCUGCGGUCUCUUCUUUCUUCAAACAGUAUAUUGGCAUGCCUUCUACUUCUGCCACCUCAAAUUCCCUACCUGAGUUUAAAAAACAAUCAAAAGACAUGAGCGACACCAUUUUUGUUUUAGAAGAUGCAAAUGCUAGAGUUAAAAGUAUGGAAGCUGGUAAACCAAUUGUACAUUCUAGAAGAAAAUACCGCUUUCAUAAACCUCAUUCCCAUGUGGCCCACAGAACACCUGCGGCCAAACUAAGUCAAAAGUUUAGAAAAGAAACAGUGUUCCAUGGACAGAUGCCUGUAAAGCGGCCUCCAUUCUCUGCAGUAAGGAGCCUUAUAAAUUCCCCGUCACAUGGGGUUUUUCCACCUUCAGAAGAGCUGAGUCCUCAGGAGAAUCCUUUUCCAGAAUCACUUGCUCCUUCAGAAUCUGUUACAGAAAUCACUACUGUAUCCCCUCUAGGAAAUGGUAUUGAAGAAAACAGUUUUAUGGAAAACACUGCUAUACCUGAAGAAACUAUCUCUGAAAGUACAAAUGAUAAGAAUCCUUCCACUAUAGAUUCCACUGGGACUGCGUUCUUAAUACCGACUGUUAAACAAAUCAAUGAAACUCUGUGGGAAUACCACAACACGGGCACUGACUUACCCAACAUGGAAAAAAGCUUCACUUACCCAUUGCUCGCGUCCCCGGGUGAUCAAUUUGAAAUGCAGCUAAACCAGCAGCUCCGAUCCCUCAUCCCCAACAACGACGUGAGAAGGCUCAUUUCUCACGUUAUCCGGACUUUGAAAAUGGACUGCUCUGAGACCCAUGUGCAACUGGCCUGUGCCAAGCUCAUCUCUAGAACAGGUCUCCUGAUGAAGCUUCUGAGUGAGCAGCAAGAAGUAAAAGUAUCCAAGGCAGAAUGGGAUACGGAUCAGUGGAAGAGUGAGAACUACAUCAACGAGAGCACAGAAGCCCAGGCUGAACAGAAAGAGCAGGAGUCAAGUGAGCUCACUAAAGGAGUUCCAGGAUAUGGCUAUAACAACAAACUCAUCUUGGCGAUAUCUGUGACUGUAAUAGUGAUGAUUUUGAUUAUAAUUUUCUGUCUUAUUGAGGAGGGCUUUUUCUGGUUAAGGUGUCCACUUUGGCUUAGGGAUAUGUACAGACCUCUCAAUGCCACACGCAAGAAAAACAUGGCCCAGAAGCUUCAUGACAAGGAGUCUUCUGAUGAGGAAGAGAUUUACAAGAGGGAUGCAGGGGAGCGCAUAUCAACAGCAACACCUGUGGAUUCGGCUGCUGAAGGUGGUGAGGAAAGUGAGACCGCGCCAGAAGGGGAGGACGAAGAGUGAUCCAGCCUGCCUAAGGCCGCCUGCAAACUGUACUUUCUAAUGUUGGUAUCUCGGCAUUUCUUGUAAGAUACUUAUUAUUCACACACAAAAAAUGUAUACAGUCUAUUGUCAAUUCCAGCCAGCUGGUAAGAAACUUAAAUGUUAAUAGUUAAAUAUUUAUACACGCAAAACAAGGGCCAGAGUAAAGAAAAGCAGGACUGAAGCCAGAGACUGUCAAGCUGGCCAACACCUCCACAAGCGGCAUUGUGGGCAGAGGACGCACGGGGGCUCCCCCACCUCAUUUCCCAGUCUAGUCAGUCUCCGGGAAGCUGAAAAUACAUCAUCCUGGAGAGAGGGAGCCAAUAUCUAAAUCAAAUACAGUUGUUCUGGGGCUCUCUCCCCUUGUCCAUUAAGAACCAGUCCUUUACAACAUACUUGACCUCUUGCCCUGAGGGGACCUUCCACCUGCUGCCACCUCUCAGAGGGUGGGUGGGGUUGCCAGAAAUGUUUGGAUCACUAAGCCGACCUGCACUGUUGCAUCAAGUCCUCUGUUUUCUCCCAUGCUCCCAAAUUCAUGCGUGAAUGUGUGUCCUUUACCCUUUAAAUCUGGUGGAAAAUUCAAAAAAUUUUUUUUGUUGGUUUUUUCUUUUUAAAAAUCUCAACCCUUGGAUAGCUACUAGGCCAAUUCACUGUCCCUCAGAUGGUUGGAGGGCCAGACUAUAGUUUAAAAAAAAAAAAAAAACUUAACAAAUUCCUAUGCACACUGCACAUACCUUAUUUUGAAGUACAAAAACAAAACGGGGACAAAUACAAUCACACCGCUUCUUGUGGCCCGCGGGCCGCAAUUUGAGAACGCCUGGUCUAGGGAGAUAGAGAAGUAGAACCCAUGCUUGCCAGUGAAGAGUCAACAAUGACAAUAAUACUGGGGAUGAUGGCUGCUACGGUUUAUUAGGCACCAGCUUGGGCCAGCAUAAUACGAAGCUCUUUAGUUACACUGUUAAGUCACAAGGACCAAAACGCCACAUGCCAGCUCAAACUCUGCAAGGGCGUGGGGUGUUAUGAGUGUUGGACAUAAACAGGAAGCUAACAGUAAACCAAGACUAGAGAUCUUGUACUGCUGGGCCUCCCAGACUCUGGGCCAGGAUUCCAGGCAAAUCCAGGUUCCUAUUUUGUCACAAUUACAUUAUUUCCAAUUGGGUACACAAAGUGAGACUUACGUAAAACACUAUCUCAACUUUGUACAAUACUUGUUAACCUCAAAUGCUACCGUACUGUACUUCUAUUUUUUGUUUUAGAGAUAGAGUCUCACUUCGUCACCCUUGGUAGAGUACCAUGGCAUCACAGCUCACAGCAACCUCCAGGUCUUGGGCUUAGGCGAUUCUCUGGCCUCAGCCUGCCGAGUAGCUGGGACUAUAGGCACCCGCCACAAUGCCCGGCUGUUUUUUUGUUGCAGUUUGGCUGGGGCCGGGUUCAAACCCUCCACCCUCGGUAUAUGGGGCUGGCGCACCCCCUACUGUACUUCUAAAUUAAAACUCCCCAAAGUGAGAUUCUACUUUGCCCAGCUCUUCAGUGAGACCUGAGAGGUAGAGAGAGGGGGACACAAGGCCAACAGCUACUAAAUGAAUGAAAAUCCUCACUGAUUCCUAUGAAAACUGUCAGAGAAAUGAGAAAUUUUAUAACAGAUGAAGAAAUGAGGCAAUAUAUGAUUAGAGCAAAAAUAAUACGGAAAAGAAAUGUAGCGGUUCGGAAGAAAGAAGGUUACAUGGCCUAGGGAAAAUCCUUGAAGAAAAUGGAAUUUUGCUGGAGGAUCCGUCUUUAGGUAGUUCACUCACUCACACACUGUAGGUAGUUCACUCACUCACACACUGGUGAGUUCUCGGAGGCUUCAGUUCCUCCAACGGGCCUGUGCACACGCUAUUUGAUUGAAGGUUCUCAUGACUUGAUGGUGGGCCUCCUCCAGAGUGAGUGGUCUAAGAGACAGAGACAGAGCCAGGCAGAAGUUAACCUUUUCAUGACCUAGCCUCAGAAGACCUCUGCCACAUAACAUGAAUAGAGGUCAGUCCCUAAAUGCAGCCCACAUUCAAGGGGAGGGAAUUUAGACUUCACCUUUCGGAGAAAGAAGAAUCAAAGAGCUUGUGGACUAUAUUAAAACUACUUGCAUAUACAAAAAAGCAAAAAAAAAAAAAAGAAUGGAAGAGAAAGUAUCCAAUGUACUCAGCCCUACUAUGAAACUAAUUUAUGGCUUUCACAUGAAAGCUAUAACCCAGUUAUAACCUAAGAAUGGGGGAA